GGUCCAGGAGACUGACGGCUCAUUCUUUGAGAGCUACACGGCGCUCUCGUGGAAACAAGAGAACAGGCGGCUGCUCGUGGCUCGGGAGCUGCAGGAGCGACCCGGGCCGGGCCACCCCGGCGACUCGAGAGGCGGCGACGCACAACCCCACCCCCACCUGGAGAGGGGGAUCGGACCACCGCUCCAGCCCGGGGUCUGGUGGCCGCCUGACCAGCGGACCCACGGCAAAGAGCACGAGGACCUGUACGUGGAGGUGCUGUACACGCUCGCCAACCGGGUGGGCGCGCUGCCCGGGUCGCUGCCGCACGGCGCUCACCAGGGCGCGCACCAGGGCACCUCCCAGGACGACCUCCACGACUACGCCAUGGCGGCCUUCGGCUUCAACAGCGAGCAGCACCGCCGCCUGCUGGCCGUGGCCCGGGAGGAGAAGCCCCCCAUCGUGGUGCUCAACGUGGUGGUCCUGGAGGCGGAGGGGCUGGAGGCCAAGGACGCGAACGGUGAGUGUGUGCAGCAGCCGACGCAGCGGCGGCGGUGGG